CCAGCCACGCAUACCCGCGCGACCCAGCCACCUCAGGAAAACAUGGCCAAGGGAAAGCUUCGCUUUGCUACCUGCUAUAAAUAAUCUCCACAUCACAUUUCGCUGAGCGCCGUUGAAUCCCCGUUCGGUCUCUAGCGGCGCCACACCCAAAUUGCCUCCUCCUCCUUCUCCCGCUAUCAUCUGGCCCUGCCGACAUCGGCAUGUCUUCGGCCCCGCUGCUCGGCACCUCCGUCGGCGGCAAGGGCGGCGAGGCGACGGCGCGGUCGCCGCCGGCAUGGCUGCGGCGCGCGAUCGACACGGAGGAAGCGUGGGCGCAGCUGCAGUUCGUGGUGUCGAUGGUCCUCACCAACAUGUUCUACUACGCCGUCCCGCUCGUCUCCGUGAUGUUCUCCGGCCACCUCGGCGUCAUCCACCUCGCCGGCGCCACGCUCGGCAACUCCUGGGCCACCGUCACCGGCUACCCCUUCGUGGAAAACAUUCCCUUUUACAUCAGCGGAGCGCGAGGCGAGGGUGGCUUGCUGGAAACGGCCGAAUCGACCGUUCCUCCCGAGACUGGCCUAGCGGUGAUUUGAGAACCGGUUGGACCACAACGUGGAGGCCUUCCGGCUAGCAAACGACCCAACUUUUUUCCCAAGAUGCGAGCCAAGUGAUAUACGACCUACCAAACGCGCCCCUAAUAUUCCGUAUCCAGAUAAGGCCCUAAAGUAGAUGUUUUCAUCACAUAUCUUAGUAUUUGUACUUAGGGCAUGUACAAUGAUGAUAUCUUAGCAAUGCCACGUGGAACAAAUGCUGAUGUGGAGGAAAGAGAAAGUAAAAAAAAAGACUUUACCUUCUCUUAGCUAAGAGAUCACUUA